AUGGAUCAGGAAGUAGUGAAUAGUUUGGAAAAGUUGAAGCUCACAAAAGAAGAAGAAGAGGAUAUUGUUCUUGCGAAUAUUAACAGCUUUGAAAUUUUUGAAGAAUGCUCUUUGAGCUUAUUUGGGCGUUUACUUUCAUAUUGUCAUCAAAAUCUAAGAGCUUUAAAGAACACUUUAAAGGCAGCAUGGAAGAUGGAUUCUAAUUUAAGAAUUGUGGAAGUGGGGAAUAAUAUUUUGCAGUUUAAAUUUGGUUCAAGAUGCCAGUUAGAGUGGGUUGAAAAAAGUGGCCCUUGGAAUUUUGACAACAUCCUUCUCCUUCUUUGUAGGUGGAGGAAAGGCUUAACAUCAAAAAAUAUUAGUUUUUCUCAUUCUCCUUUCUGGGUGCAGAUUUGGGGUCUGCCAUUUGAGAAUAUGAUUGAAGAUAUUGGGAAGGAUAUUGACAGCAAGAUUGGAAGGGUGUUAGAAGUUGACAAGAGGGCUAUGCAAACAGAUCAAGCUAAGUUUUUAAGAAUUAGAGUUGAGGUACAGAUUGAUAAACCUCUCCGUAGAGGGGGGUAUAUUAAGAAUGAUGAAGCUGGUGGAGUUCUAAAAGUUGGAGGUGAAAAGGAAAAGCUGAAGGAGCAGUCCGUGACUGAAAAAGGAUGCUCGGCUUCUAUGGCAGUGGACAGUGGAGUAGGUGAAAAGUGUGUGGCUGGCAGCCGGAGCUCGCCUGAGCUGGUAGUUGGCGGUGGAGCUGAGGAAGAGAAUGGUAUGGUGAUCAUGGUGGAGGCAGCUCCCUUGAACAUGGCGAAAAGUCUUGUCACGUCCAAUCAUGGGGAAUAA